AUGGCAUCGCUCACGUGGCAGGAUAUAUCGACGAAGAGGAAUUUUGUUAUCGACGUUUUGCAGCCUAGUAGGGUUAUUACCGCCGUUAGGCGGCAGCAGAAUAUGCCCUUACAUGACCGGAUUAUACCGUAUCUGGAGACUGCGGGCUUGUAUCAUCUUGCUAGGCUAAACAGUCAGUGCUUCUGGGUUGAUGAGUCUCUGCUUAGCGCAUUUAUUGAGCGGUGGCGUCCGGAGACCCACACGUUCCAUAUGCCGUUUGGUGAGUGCACCAUUACUUUACAGGAUGUUGCGUAUCAGCUGGGUUUGCCGAUUGAUGGUGCACCCGUUAGUGGGUGCUUGACUGAGUUUGAGAAUCUGAUGGAACACAGUAGACCAGCAUGGGUGUGGUUCCGGGAGUUGUUCGGGGAGUUACCUCCACAGAGUAAAGUGAAGCAGAUGACAGUGUGCUACACAUGGUUCCACGAGAGGUUUCAAGUUCUCCCUGCAGAUGCUACUGAUGAGACCGUGCGUGUAUACGCACGCGCUUAUAUCCUGAUGCUGUUGUCGUCUCAGCUGUUUGCGGACAAGAAUGCAAACAGGGUGUCUUUGUCGUGGUACAAACAGAAACGUCGUUAA